AUGCCCGAGAUUCAGGAUGACAAGGGCCAAUACGUGAUCCCUUUCAUCAUCUCUCUUCUCUCGGAACACCAAGCUAAGCACGCCAACGACUCCAACCCGCCGCCCUUUUUCAUCGGGUUGAAUGGCGUCCAGGGAGCUGGGAAAUCGGUGCUGGUGGACAUUUUGAAGAAGACGCUCUCCUCCCCUCCACAUUCCCUGUCCACCGUCGUGUUCUCGCUGGACGACCUGUAUCUCACCCACGCGGACCAGGUGGCCCUGGCCCAGUCACACCCGGACAACCCCCUGCUGCAGCACCGCGGGCAGCCUUCCACGCACGACAUUUCGCUCGCGCUCUCCGUCUUCGCCAGUCUCAAGGCAAAUCGACUGACCAGGAUCCCACAGUACAACAAGGCGGCGUUUGCAGGCGAGGGCGACCGUGUGCCGGAAGAGGAGUGGGAAGUGGUCAACGCCGGCGACGGCCCUCCUGUGCGCGUGGUCCUUUUCGAAGGAUGGUCAGUUGGCUUUCGCCCACUAUCCGACAGUACGCUCGAGUCGAAGCACGCCGCCGCCGUCGUCGCCGCACGAGAACAGUCGAGCCCGGCGAAUCCCUCCUACACAGGGAGACUGGGCCACAACACGCUGUCCAGCGUGACGGCCAUCAACGACGCGCUCAAGAGCUACGACGCACUCACCUCACAGCUGGACGCGUUUGUACACAUCGACGCCGCCGAUCCAUCGUACGUGUACAAAUGGCGUCUCGAGCAGGAGGCCAACCUGCGAGCGACCCGCGGCAGCGGCAUGACCGACGAGCAGGUCAAGCACUUUGUCGACGGAUACUACCCUGCGUACGAGCUGUACACGGACACCCUGCGAGAAGGCGUCUUCAAGGGCGUCAGGCCGGACUGGCAAGGUAGACAGCUGCGACUGAUCGUUGGCGCCGACCGGAAAGUUCAGCAGGUGGUCACCAUCUAG